CCAAAGCCAGCCCAGUGUUUACCUGCGUCAGCUGAGAGGCGGGUGGGGUGCGGUGAGCCUGCCAGCCUGCCAACCUGCCCCUGCCUCCCCUGUUGUCCCUGCCUCCCCCUGUACCUCAGCCAUGGAGCACAAUGACAUAGACGCCUGCAUAGAGGAGUGGGAGACGCUCAGCAAUGAAUACAGAGCUCUAGAAAAAAUCCACAAGGAGUACCGACAGAAGCUGGAGGAACUAACACAACUGCAGACCAAGUGUACCAAGGGCAUCGCACACCAGCGGUACCGCAUCAACAUCAUCAAGCAGAGUCUGAAGAAGUCGCCUCUCACCCCGUCCUCCCACAGGCUGGACCACACCAAUGAUCCAGACAACAGCGAGAGGAAUGAGCUGCUGCAGACCGACCUCAUCCGGCGCAAGGCUCAGCUCUACGACAUGGAGAACAGCAUCCCCAAACCCAACGGCACGUACCUCAAGAUCAUCCUCGGCAACAUCAACGUCUCCAUUCUCAACAAGGAGGAAAAGUACCGAUACAAGGACGAAUACGAAAAAUUCAAACUGGUCAUUAAUUUAGUUGCCAUUGCCAUCUCCACCUUCAACCUUCUCACCAAUUUCAGAACGGCUGACUUGCUGCACAUGUUCCUGCUGGUGUGGUACUACUGCACGCUGACCAUCAGGGAGAGCAUUCUCAAGGUGAAUGGGUCGAGAAUCAAGGGUUGGUGGCGAGCGCAUCACUUCAUCUCCACAGUGCUGUCCGGCAUCCUGCUCAUCUGGCCCAACGGGGAGACUUACUACGCCUUUAGGAGACAAUUCAUGCUCUUCAAUAUUUACAUUAGUUUUGUGCAGUACCUGAUGUUCAUGUACCAGCGAGGGUGUCUGUACCGCCUCAAGGCUUUGGGUGAGCGGCACAACAUGGACAUCACAGUAGAGGGCUUUCACUUCUGGAUGUGGCGAGGUCUGGGCUUCAUCAUUCCCUUCCUCCUCAUCGGCUACAUCUGGGAGCUGUACAACGCUUACACUCUCUACCUCCUCUCCUUCAGCGACAAGGCAGAGUGGCAUGUGAUCACGCUGGCAGCGCUGUUCCUGCUGCUAUUCCUGGGCAACACGCUCACCACGCUGUCCGUCAUCCCACAGAAGCUGAAGGAACGCAUGAAGUUCAAAUAUCGCUUCACUCGCCUUGACAAGUACAUUUGGACUCACAAGAAGCGGCGAGUCUCCUUCAGGAACCCUGAGUCACCACAGAGACGCACGCCUGCCGCCCGCGCCGCCUCCUUCUCUCGUAAGCGGCCAGGAAUGAAAGAAGAGGAGGAGGCGCCACAGGUCAUGCCAUCCAGCCAGGUGAACGGCGACGAGAAUACAAGCAACGAGAAUGGCGACGAUGGGACUAACUUGAACGAGAUGCUGAAUGACAUAACGAAAGACAUCGACUUUGAGAAGGUGGACCAGGAGAACGAGGACGAGUCAGGCCAGGAUGAGACGUCCAAUGAGGAGAACACCAAUGGAGAGGAGGAGGAGGAGAGUGACAAGAAACAGGAGAACGAUACCGAGACAGAGACCAAGAAGGAGAAAUAGAUGGCAGUAUGUGACAAGAAAGAAGUAUUGAUACGUUACUUUCCCUCAGCAGCAGCAGCAGCAGCAGCAGCCGCCGCCUUCCGGUCACCACAACUGCAGAAUCAAACUGUUUCCAUGUCUCUGUUCUUAGGGAUUUGCUCUCCUACUUUCCCCUCCUCUCCCAUCCCCUCCCAUGGCCUCCACAUAACCUUGGGUCUUUUGUAUAGCGAGAGUCUUGCCACUAGUUAAGUUAAGUGGGAUGGUAGACAUUUCUCAGGACUCAAAAAAGAGGUUAAUUUUAUAUAAGUACCCUUGAUUGUCCUCCCGUCUGUCAAGGUGUAGAUGCUGGACAGGGAAAGACAUCACAUUAAUCAGUGUAGCUUUGCAGCCUUACACACACGUACACCUAACCUUUCUUCUUUAAACUCCCCUUCCAUACACAAGACAUUCAGUGGUUCCUUGCAUUUCUUGUGUGUUUUUGUGUUUUUCCACACUGUCCUCAGGUAAUCCUUGUAUUGUUUUGCUGACCCACAACUUGUAGGUUCAGUGUGUGUGUGUGUGUGUGUGUGUGUGUGUGUGUGUGUGUGUGUGUGUGUGUGUGUGUGUGUGUGUGUGUGUGUGUGUGUGUGUGUGUGUGUGUGUGUGUGUGUGUGUGUGUGUGUGUGUGUGUGUGUGUAGUAACCAUAUUCACUCCCCACACAAGACUCGGCAGCACUGGGCAGUGAUAGGUGUGCUCUGUCCAUCUGAGGUUGAUGUAGUUGUCACUAAAGGGGCCAAGCUUGACAAUAUUUUCUUCCUUCUUCUUCUGCUAGUGAAUCUUGACACGUGUAAAUAAAUGCGAGACACACCUUGGCUGGGCUGGGCUGGGCUGUGUCACGCUGGUGUGGUGGGUGUGUUGGACAGUGACGUGUUAUUGGCUGAGGUGUGUUGUUGUGUUCAGGCUUAGGGUGACUUACAUUAAAGUUAUAUAUGCAAAUGAAGGAAAGAAAAGUAAAGUGCAUAUUUUGUUAAUUUUUACUGUGAGCAGAGAUAUGUAUUUUUCAUUUGUCUAUUUUUGUGUGUGGUAGGCAGUAGGUGGUAGGUAGAUGUGUGAGUGCAGCAUUAAACCAAGAGGCAGCACCAAUGUGGUGGAACUGUUUACAGACUUGAUACUACAAUAAAGUAUGCCUUUCUAGACAACUAUUUUGAUAAUUAGAGAACUAGGAAAUUGAUAACAUAUUUAGAUAAAUUUGUACAGUUCUCACGCAACAGGAGAACCACUGAGAGAGGCAGGCGUCACUCUGGGCAUGGCGAGGAGAGUGACGUGCGGUGGAGGUCUGUGCCUGAGCUGUGAAACUCUCAGGAUGCACCACCACCACAACAUAAACAGAAGCCAGUGCUGGUGAUGCAUGAAGGCCACGGCUGACUCUGCACACUGCCACACACACAUACACACACAUUGAGGCAGUACAGGUGGUGUGGAGGUGGCAGAGGGCCUGUGGCUGAGUAGUGACUCUCUCUUGACAUAUCGCUAAUUACUACCACCAUAACAUGAAGAGAACCACUGCUGGCUAUGUUGUUUAAGACCAGGACCAGGAUAUUCAGAUAUUGAGGUGGCAGAAGUCCUGUGCCUGAGCAAUGGCUUAGAAUGAAACACCUCUAGCAGAAGCAGGUCCCUCCCUGCUUGAUGUGUAGACCAAGCAGCCAGAUGUACCAUAGAGCUCCUUGUGUUGCAUUAUGCAUGUCACACCUGCUCUGUUCCCACCACUGGCCUUGUGGGUGGAGGGAACUUGCCCCUCAGUGAUGUCUGAUAGGGAGCCUGUGUGAUUCUUGGCAGGACAGUGGUGUGAGAGGAGGCUGUGGAGUGUGUCAUGUGUAAAGUAGUGAGUUAAUUUGAUGGGUUGUCUCUAGGAAGGGUCCAGGGAGUGUCUGGUUCUAUGGACAUAAGGUGAACAGCAACAAGCUAUACAUGAAUUGAAGACUUCCAUUACCUGUUCUUCCAUUGACAUAUUGCAGUGCAGAUGCUGAGAGACAAACUGCUGUCACCCCUUGUGCUGUCUGUCAGUCUUAACACUUAUGCUAAGCUUGCAUUGCAACAUCUGUUUAAUCUUGACAGACAAGCUCACCAUGACAACUUCAUGAUAUUUAAUAAACUAUAUACCACUCAUAACAUUUGCAUUGGCCAGUUCUUAUCAAUCAUGUAUUUUAGAAGCAACAAACUCACUGCAACAUCCUACUAAUAUUUAAGCUGUUGGUCAUGCCUUGUAAAGCCACACUAAACACACCACAACAUCAUUUCAAUCUUAAGCUAGCAGUCAUUGGCCAGUCAUUGUCAGUCAUGUCUUCUAAAGUCACACUAAACACACACCACAUCCAUUAAUCUUGAAGAACCAGUUCUUGUCAGCUUUAGGUUCCUCAUCUGUAUGUGGUGUUGUGGAGGCCCCAGCAGCUGUGUGUGUGGUGGGCAGGAGGGAUCAGGAGGAAUGGCAAGCUGGUACAAAUGUCUUAAAGAAGGACUAAGUCCCCAGUACCAUUAACUUUUUCACCUUAGCACACAGCGGGUCACAACACAAGAAGCACUGUGUGAGAAAGAGACAGGGAUGAAAAGGCUAUUUUUUUCCAAUGCCUAGCCAGUGUAGUCUUUAAGAAUUGAUGUGUAAUGAAGGGAAAUGUAUUGGAGUGGCUUGUGAGAUUGUAUAAUGAAGGGAGAUGUAUCCGAAUGGCUUGUGAUUAAAAUACCAUGUCUUGAAUAACAGUGGAAGGGUUGAACAUGACCUCAGCAUCAUCUAUACAUAACUAAACAAAGAUAUUCUGUGUAAAAGCCAGUUCGUCAUAGAUUUUUCCUUUAUUUCUUUAUUUUUUUUGUCCAUAGCUGUAGCCAAGUGAUAUUGCACAAAUAUAUUGGUAUGCAUAAUA